AUGGGUCAGUGUUACGGCAAGACUAUCCCCGGCGCCGGUAACGAUAGCGAUAACCACCAUGGCCAAAACACAACCACUAUAAUUGCCGCCACCGAGUUUCAUCCUUCUCCGCUACCGUCUUCCGCCAACGGGAUUCCGUCUCUGAAAACUACUCCAGCUAGGUCCUCCUCGCACGCUAGUCCGUGGCCUAGUCCUUAUCCUCAUGGCGUCAACCCGAGUCCCUCGCCAGCUAGAGCCUCCACGCCGAGGAGAUUCUUCCGGCGGCCGUUUCCGCCACCUUCUCCGGCCAAGCAUAUAAGGGAGUCGUUGGCGAAGAGGCUGGGGAAGGGGAAGCCCAAGGAGGGACCGAUACCGGAGGAGCGUGGCGUGGGGGAAGUGGAUUCGCAGUCGCUUGAUAAGAGCUUUGGGUAUAGUAAGAAUUUUGGAGCUAAGUAUGAGUUAGGGAAAGAAGUGGGACGAGGGCAUUUUGGUCAUACUUGUUCUGCUAGGGCAAAGAAAGGUGAUCUCAAAGAUCAACCUGUUGCUGUUAAGAUCAUUUCCAAGUCCAAGAUGACCACAGCAAUAGCAAUUGAAGAUGUUCGAAGGGAAGUGAAGCUGUUGAAGGCUCUGUCAGGCCAUAAACAUCUUAUCAAAUUUCACGAUGCCUGUGAGGAUGCCAAUAAUGUCUACAUAGUUAUGGAAUUGUGUGAAGGUGGGGAGCUUCUUGACCGAAUUUUGUCAAGAGGAGGAAGGUAUACCGAGGAGGAUGCAAAAGCUAUUGUUUUGCAGAUUCUAAGUGUAGCUGCCUUUUGUCAUCUUCAAGGUGUUGUGCAUCGUGACCUGAAGCCUGAGAAUUUCCUUUUCACUUCAAGAAGUGAAGAUGCUGAUAUGAAGCUUAUUGAUUUUGGUCUGUCUGACUUCAUUAGACCAGAGGAGCGAUUGAAUGACAUUGUUGGGAGUGCAUAUUAUGUUGCACCUGAGGUCCUCCACAGGUCUUACAGUGUGGAAGCAGAUAUAUGGAGUAUUGGUGUUAUCACCUUCAUCUUAUUAUGUGGAAGCCGUCCAUUCUGGGCACGAACAGAGUCUGGAAUCUUUCGUACAGUUCUCAGAGCUGAUCCUAACUUUGAUGAUCUACCUUGGCCAUCCGUGUCUCCAGAAGGCAAGGACUUUGUUAAAAGGCUCCUUAACAAGGACUACCGAAAAAGAAUGACGGCUGCUCAAGCUCUAACUCACCCUUGGUUGAGGGAUGAAAGCCGCCCUAUCCCUUUAGAUAUACUGAUUUAUAAGUUGGUGAAAUCUUAUCUUCACGCAACACCAUUCAAACGGGCAGCACUGAAGGCUCUUUCAAAAGCAUUGACAGAGGACCAGCUAGUGUAUCUUAGAGCACAAUUCAGAUUGUUGGAACCAAAUAGAGACGGGCAUGUCUCCCUCGACAACUUUAAAAUGGCUCUUGCACGCCAUGCAACUGAAGCCAUGAGGGAAUCAAGGGUUCUUGACAUCAUACAUACGAUGGAACCGCUUGCCUAUAGAAAGAUGGAUUUCGAAGAAUUUUGUGCAGCUGCGACAAGCACAUAUCAACUGGAGGCACUUGAUAGGUGGGAAGAUAUUGCCUGCACUGCAUUUGAGCAUUUCGAGAGUGAGGGAAACCGUGUGAUAUCGAUCGAAGAAUUAGCAAGAGAGCUAAAUCUUGGUCCUUCGGCGUAUUCAGUUCUGAGAGAUUGGAUUCGAAAUACUGAUGGAAAGCUUAGUUUACUUGGAUAUACAAAAUUUUUGCAUGGAGUGACUCUGCGGAGUUCUGUUCCAAGACCUCGUCAGUCUUGA